AUGAGCUCUAUCGUGAGACUGGAAGGCUGUUUAUUAUCGAAGACGCUGAAAAACCAGCCGGAGUCGCUUGUUUUUCAGAACCCAAUCACAUUCUCGCUUUUUCAGAGCGAAAAAUGGGCCAUUGUGGGAGACUCUCACCGCUCCAAGUUUCUCCAGGCUCUCCAAGGCUCCUUCUUCGCUCUACCCCAUCCGCGUGCCAGAACGUAUCCGCUGCGUCUGAAAAAACCAGACAUGCGAAUUGAGCUGCUACACUUUGUCAACAACGGCUCGUUUGGCCAUGGAGCCACCAACUCCUCCGGUGGAUUUACCCAUCUGUCCAGCCGAUACGAAUUUUUCAAGGACCGCGAGGUGGACGAGUUGGUGGCCGAUUUUGUGGCCAACAUUUCGUACAACUCGCAACACCAAAAAGAUCCCCGCCUGCUGGACGAGAUCCUUGAAAAGGUCGGUCUCAAGGGCUUUGAGCAGAAAUAUAUUACCACGCUCAGUAACGGACAGUUCAGGCGGGCCCGCAUAGCAAAGAGUCUCUACGGCAAGCCGGACCUGCUCAUGAUCGAGGACCCGUUUCUGGGGCUGGACCCUGUUGCGAAGAAGACCGUUUCGAGUGUUCUGGAGCACACAGCGGCUCCCACCACCGUGUGUCUCGGGCUCAAACUAGAGGACGAGAUUCCCCAGUGGAUAGAAAAGGUGGCCGUUGUGGACCACACUGGAAUUAUCGAGAGCGGAAACAGAGCAGAUCUGGUGGACACGCUGAACAGCCUGCGCUCCGCGCACAGAGAACAGCAGCAACAGAUGAAAAGUCAGCUGGAAGCCAAGGUGUACCAUCCUCACGAACAGUCUUCAGAACGCUCCGAAACACCAUUGCUCGAGAUGUCCGACGUGAACGUUGUGUACCGAGGUAAACCUGCUUUGAAGAAUCUGAACUGGGUUGUUCGGGACGGCGAGAAAUGGCACAUCAGAGGCAGAAAUGGCUCUGGAAAAACCACGCUUCUGUCUCUGAUUACGUUGGACCACCCGCAGGCUUGGAACAAACAUAUUAAAAUGAAUGGCGUUCCACGAGCAACGGGAAAAACCAACUACUUUGACACCAACAAGCAGAUCGGGUUCACGUCUCCGGAAAUACACGCCAUUUUCCCCAAACAUCUCACUGUCGAAGAAGCAAUCUCGACAGGCUACCAAACGGGCUCGUACAUACCUCCCAAGACGACACCCGAACAGAAAGAGAAAAUCGCCAGAUACCUGGAAAACGUCGGGUUGUUGCAGUACAAAGAUACAAAGUUCGAAGAUCUGUCUGUGAGCAGUCAGAAAAUGGUGCUUUUGCUGCGCGCCAUGAUCAACCAGCCAAAAAUAUUAAUUUUAGACGAGUCACUCAGUGCCAUGUCCAACGAGGACAUCAUCAAGGGCAAGAGUCUGAUCGACCAGUGGAAAGGAUGCGUCCUUGUGAUUGGACAUGUUGCAAAUGAGGUGCCAAAAUGCGACAAGUUCAUCGAUCUGAACGGCGCGAGCGAGGGUAUCUAUACCAUUGGAGAGGUGGAAAAUUAGACACGUUCGUAAAAUAGCAUGUACGCGUCUCCGUUGACAACUUUACUUGGCGCGCAGUUUUUAUACACCUUUUCGUCGUCAAAUAGACACCAGCCGUUGCCCGGUCCCUUCUCGACAAAGGCAGUGUAAUGGCCGUUGAUGAGGUUUCCAUAAUGGUUGAUCACUCCGUAUAGCUUGUAUCUGAAAGGCGGAACUUGUCCUCUGAUCGGCAGUCUGCUAAGCUCGAGGCGUUCAAGCUCGCUCCCAACGUUGGGCCAAUACUUAUCCAGCUGCAGUUCCAAAGGAUAGUCGAUGUAGGUAUUGAGCUUGGUUAGAUAGUUGCCCAUUUUGAAGCGUUUGAGGUGGAUGAUAAGCACUUGGGGCAGUCUGGAGAUCUGGAGGUGCUUCAGCGUACGUUGCUUUGUUUUGCAGUGCGGACAGAGCCACGCAUUGUCGUUUUCGAGCAGCUCGGGUUUGACAAACUCGUCAAAACAAGCAGCCAGCGUGGAUUUGGGGCCGUUCUCGGGAAUCGGCAAACUCACAGUGCUGAAUGCGUUGUAUGUGGUCGAAGUGGUGGAGCAGUUCAGACACCGGAGCUGCGACAUGAUCUGGCCCUGGAAAAUGUCCACGAUGAUACUGAAAUUGGUUUUGAGAUACCGUUCCCACUCGAUUGUCGAGGCGAUUCUAAUUGGCAGUUUCUCGCGUUUUUCUUCCUCCUCUUUGCUCAGCUCGGGCAAUUUCGGAUGAUUGCCGUUCUCGUUGAGGUCUUCGUGGAGGGAGUCGAGCGCGUAGUUCAAAAACUCCGAACAAUCCUGCUGGUCCAACGUUCUGUACAUGCUAUUGAGAGAUGCUAUCACUUUGCGAAACUGACGGGGCGUUACCGAUUGCGGACGGCUGGGACUGCUUUUCCUGUAUAGUUCUGUCAGCAACGAUGAGAACUCGUUCGCCAGUAUGCCCUUUGAUCCCAGUCUGGAAUUCAUGUUGAUGUGCUGUUUGAAUGUGCCGACAAUAAAGAACUCGGUAAGUCGUUUGGAGCCAAUUAGACACUGGAGCGCAGAGUUCAUGUAACAGGAAUUUCCCAGGUUUGUCAGGCCAGUCAUGACACUUAGAGAGUUCUGGAACACAGAGCCUGAUCUGGAGACUGGUGCCGGCGACGAUAUAGGUUUCGUUGGCAGCAUUGGUAGCUGCGCUUUAGGCGGCGAGCUUCGCGAGCUGGGAAGAAGCGCUGGCGACAACAAUGCAGGAGAAGGCCGUGACGGUGAGCUCGAUGAUUUGGACAAUUCGGGUUUUGGGGACGGGAGGUCCAUGCGGCUAUACAUUUCAUGGUAGGGCACGACUGCAGGGGACUUGAGUUCGACUGAGCUCUGGCUGGAUUGCGGUCUGGACUGGCCAGAAAGAAAUUCACCGACAUUCUUGAUGAGCGACCGUUCGUUGUAGGACGUCCGUCGUUUGACUGUGAUGUCUUCGUGGCUGGAGAUAGAGUUCACAGACUCCGACCGGUCACGUCCAUAAACGGGCCGGGGCCCAUGCAUUGGCGACGACAGAGAAGAUCGGGACUCCGACCAUGCCUUGUAGCCGCCGUCUAAAAUGACCGGUUUGCGCUUAAGAAAGACCCCAGCAUUUUUGGUGGUCAGUAUUGAUAUCAAUCGCGCAAGUUCCGGACUUUUGGACUCCCUUGUGGAAUUGUAGUCUAGAACAAUAACCAAUUCAAAGCGGUCUCGCCGUGCAAACAGUUCUCGUUCUUCGUCUGUGUCCGUGAUCAUGGAAUAUUUUUCUAUCUCGUGACAGGUGUAGCUGUCUCUGAUUGACACAGGCUCCAACUGUAUGAUAUGAUCUGCGAGGUCUAUAUGUUCGAACUCAAAUUCUCGUUUGCGGCGCAAAUCUAUAAGUAAUACGAGGUCAGAGUGGUGUUUCAGCAGCGACAAGAGCUGCGAAACUGAAACGGCAUCGCCGAAGGAAUCGAACAGCUGGGUAAAGUCUUUUUUGGCCGAACCAUUCGACACCGUGUCUGUCCCGCCCUUUAGGGUCUGCAGCCUCAAAACCAGACUGUCCGAGGAUCCACGAAUAUGUUGUUUCAUAGCCUCAUAUGUGGGGCGCUGUCUCACUAGGUAAUUGAUCAGAUCUGCGUAAAACUGGUAUAGGCUGGGCUUCUGCUUGAGUUGGCGAUAGUCGUUGAGGUUUGGGAUUAGCUCGCUCAAUAUCCUAGAUGCUGCAUUGUAAUAGAUAAACCCCUCCUCGAAUUCCGAUGUUGCGAGCUCAGAAACAUGUUUCUGCCCAACAACGCCUUUGUAGUUCUCAAUGCACUCGAGGGCCUUCACAAGGUGCUCUUUGGUGGAAUUCGACGAGCCGACCUUCAACGACUCAAGCAGCUCGUCGACCAGCCCCGUCAGCUCGUGAAGGGUGCGAGGUUUGCUG